AUGCCUCCCCGCAACAUCCCCCCAGCCAACGAUCCCAAUCUCAACCUCUUGGGUACCCGGGAGCCCCACAUUUACGGCUCAACCACCCUUUAUCAACUGGAAUCAGCCAUAAGCGCACGUGCAUCGCAGCACAACCUAUCCGUGACUUGCUUCCAGUCCAAUUCGGAAGGUGAUCCUGUGAACCGAAUCCACCAGGCCCAGAAAGACGGCGUCUUCGGUAUCAUUAUCAAUCCGGCCGCAUACACACAUACAUCGGUCGCGAUUCGCGAUGCCCUUCCUGGGGCGGGGAUUCCGUUUGUUGAUAUCCACUAUCGAACCCGCAUACGCGAGAGAAAUUCCGGGAUCACACCUACCUCAGCGACAAGGCUGUCCUGGAUAUGGACUCCUAAUGUGAGAGGCACAAGCGUCUUUUUACCUUCCUCGUUCAGUGCUCGUUGGACCUUCUCCAUGUUUUGUCGAAGGAGACCGUGA